UCAUGCUGCUCCUUUGGAGCCUCUGACGUCAGCACCGAGCAUUGGAGAUGUCCGCCACGGCAGCAGCGGUGCCCACUGGCGCAGCGUCCGUCCAGCGCGCACCAGAGCGGCUGCCUCACCAGCUCCCAACCCGGUCUCCUUCCUCUCCUCUUCUGUCCGUCAAAUGCGUUCUCCGGCCGGAUUCUGAGCCCUCCGAACCCCCGCCAUGUCCUCCGCUGUCACCGAGACGGACGAGGCAGCGCGCGCCUCCCCGCUGACCCCGCUGAAGGUGGUCGGGCUGCUGUGCGUCUUCCUGGCACUCUGCCUGGACGUGGGCUCCGUGAUGAGUCCGGCGUGGGUCACUGCCGACGACCAAUACCACCUGUCCCUGUGGGAGUCCUGCUGGAAGCCCGCGAGCCUGGACAGCUGGCAGUGCAGCAGCACGCUGGGCUCAGACUGGCAGGUUGUUACGUUAGCUCUGUUGCUAGGGGGUGGAGCCCUAGUACUGAUGUCAUUCCUGGUUGCUCUGGUUGCAGUGUGCAUCGGCACGAGGCGACGGUUCUACGCUCCCGUUGCCCUUAUGCUCUUUGCUGCAGUUGUCCUCCAGGCCUGCAGCUUGGUCCUCUACCCCAUCAAGUUCAUCGAGAGCAUCAACCUGAGGAUCUACCACGAGUUCAACUGGGGCUACGGCCUGGCCUGGGGCGGAACCAUCUUUGCCUUUGGUGGGGGUGUCCUCUACUGUCUCAACCCCAGGAACUAUGAGGAGUACUACUGAUUCUGGUCUGAACCAGCCACAAACUGGUGGUGCUGGGAAACAUAACCCUAGGACUGGUAGAGACACCGAUGGAGAACCGCUGGAAACAUCUUGCAUCAUGUGACACGUCCAGCUGUUGGCUCUGUUCACCAGAAACCAGACUGGGGGGGUUGGUGUUAUUUUACACAUGCAGCUGACGUCUUCAUGUCCAUCCGUGGAUCAUCUCAGUUGUGUCUUAGGUUGUUGUUCUUUUUCUAUUUUUGCCUAAACUUUCAGAAGGACGAGGAAACGGAUCAGAUGCUGCCGUUCCGCCUCGUAACUCCUCACAAGACAAAUCCAUCCUAAGGGAAGGUGAGGGGAGGGACGGCAUAAAGACACCCACUCAAUAUUCUCUUAUCGACCCACUUGUCUGUUACCACGGCAACCCACAGGGAGCGCACAUGCAGCAGUCAUGAUUGAUUACCCACGGUCGGAUGUGUGAGACAGGACGACCCCAACGGUCCGUGGAGUUUGUCUCCGUCUCUGUUUGGGUUUAGUCUGAGUGAAGGACACGUCUCUGGGGACAUGAUUGUCUUCAUGAUGUCUGCUGAAGGAGGACGUCUGGGCCUCAGAGGGGUGAAGGUUUCCAUAGUCCAGAAACAACACACACACACACACACACACACACACACCACAGAGAACUGUUGAAGCAGCCUCUUCGGUUUGUCUUGUAUUCACGGUGAAGCCGUCAUCCAAAAGUCGGAGCUGGGCUCCCCAGCCACCCUAACAACAGAACUGUCACAUGCUUCCAGAGACCCGUUUAUGCUGCUCCCCAGGUCCGUGUCUGAAUAUAGCUUCAUUACAUACAAUGUUACAGGAAUGUGUUUUUACUUGAGUUCAGGUCUCUUCUAGAGUCCCAGAAGGUCAGACGACCCGCUGCUCAAGUCUCUGUGGUGAAAUCGGUUGUCCAGCUACAUUUCAUUUUAAAUAGAAACAUGUCAAGCCUCUAAAUCUGCUCACACCAUCACUUUUAUUGAUUAUCUCUAUAUUUAGAACUCAAUAGGAGCCAUUGUAAAAGGUCCAAGGGGCCCCUUGUGGCUCCAGAGCCGCAGGUUGCAGACCAAACUCUAAGGGCUAGCAAGCUGGCGUUCCUUUUUACCACUUACUUCCUGUUUCAGUCUGACAUGUUUUGUUCUACACUGAGCUGACCCGACCUGACCUUUGCUCGUCAGACCUGUUACCAUCAGAGCAGAAGAAUCCAUGAACUUUGGUCCAGCCCCAGAGAAGCAGUUUGACAUGUAAUAACUAAAUUCUGUCUUCAGUAAAACACAUCAGAAUCUCAUCUCCAUGUUCCAAUUCUGGUCACAACAUCCUGGUUCCUAAACAUCUAAAGCCUGGUUUAUACGUCAGCGCGGAGACACGCAACGCCGUCGGCACAAGGGCUCUCCGACGGGCUCAAAGGGUGACGGAGACAUGCCCAAAACAAUAUCUAUGGAAAGGGAUGGAGGCCGCAAGCUUGUGAUUGGUCAGGACGCCACUUCCUGUACAUUCGUCACCAGCACCGCUGUGGCUCCGGUGAAAAGUACACAGAUAAUUAGCAUUGGACCAGAACAGAUAGAAGAACGCAUCGCAGAAAAAGUCAGACAAUAUGAACGUUUAUUCCCCCGCGACUGUAUGAGUACAAAAUACGGAGCAAACGUGGACGGAAAUGUCGGGAAACGUGGGUUUGGAGGUGGCGACCGCAUGAAGAGGUGGAGGAGGAUGAAGGACAGAUUUGUCUGUGUUAAAAAGUUUCUGAAACAUAUAAACACUUUAGUAAAUACACCAUCGUGUACCGGAUACACGAGUUAUGGUGGCAGGACACCACAGAACAGCGCUACGCCCUCUGCUGUCCUGGCGGGGAAUUGUUGUGCAACGCUCUGCUGCCUGAACACAAGUUGGUGUGUGAAAAUCUUUCCGACACUCCGUGGGCGUCUCUCCAUUGUGGAGCUCAGAGAGAAGUAUAAACCAGGCUUAACACAUUAAUGGAGGAAACACCUGAGCCAGCAGAUAAAGGUCCUUGUCCUGAUGCCAUGUUGGGUUUCUGGACCACGGUGGCUCCUGUAGCUGCUGGUAUCUGAUGGGCUGCAGAAGCUCGGCUUGUUUACCUGCAGAGACGCCGCCUGCAGGGAUGUGUAUGUGCAUGUGUAUCGGCAUGUUUUAGAUGCCAUUGUAGAGAUCUCACCUGCCAGUGUUUGUCUCUGUACACUAGAACAUUAAAGCACUGAACUCAC